AUGGCACUGGGAGGUACCCGUGGAUUGGAGGUAAUAAGACUCAAGAGACACAUUGGAGAAAUCAGCACUGGGAGGCAUCUACAGUGCAGAGUGUUAUUGGGUGUAUGUGGCAGUGCCCAUACUCCAACUCCCAUCAGCCCCAGGAAGCAGGACCAAUGGUCAGGGAUGAUGGGAGUUGGAAUCCAAUAUCCUGCAGAGAGCACCAUGUUGGCAAUACUUUGUAUGGGGGGAGGGAGUGUCCUCUGUGAAGAUCUGGUGCACACUCAAAUAUGGAAUGGGAAUAAAGAGGAAUACAGAGCAGAGAACUGGGGCUUGCAUUGCAAUGAGCCUGGGUUGCAUGUUGGAUGUUGAAUUGUGGGAUGGGAGUUCGGAUGGAGGUGCCCUGGCUGAGAGAUGGAGUUAGGGUGAGAGGCAUAUUGGUGUGAUCUGGGUCAUCUCAGCAGCAUCCAAUGGCUUAGUCAUGCUGACCACAUGACCCGGAAGCUGUAUACCGGCUCCCUCGGCCAAUAAAGCGAGAUGAGCACAGCAAUCCCAGUGUCAUCCGCGACUGGACCUAAUGGUCAGGGGUCCCUUUACUUUUACCUUUUAAUCAGGUUCUGUAUAAAAAUAGAGCUCAAUCAGAAUUCAAACAGGGGAAGCCACUGGGGAUCCUUGAAGAGAAUAACCCAAAGAAAAGGAAGGAUGCUCUGAUGUAACAGAUUUAUUUCUAGCCUAGGAAACAAGCCAAUGGGAUGGACCUGAUUUAAAGAUGGGUCUUAGUGUGGUAUUGUGAAAGAUGAGACCACUCGUAUUAGAUCACUCACAUUCCAGGGGACAGGAACUCAGGCAAGGGCAGCAUGAGGCCGGAUGCCACACUUAAAGAUGAGAUGCUGUGGAUAUCCCCUCUCUUCCUUGAGCCAAGAAGUGACGGUGAUACCUCUGUGAGACCCACAAGCACGGGGUCCCUGGCAGGCAAAGUGACAACAGGUGCUCCUGCAGCGUAUAGCCACAAAAACAUCUGCGGCCUUCUUUAAUCCAUUCUCCCAUACACUUCACAUCCUCCUGCACUUGCCUUGUUUAGUUGGCUCUCAGAUGACCUGUUUAUUGAGUAUUCAUCCUUAUUUCUUUGCAUAAAGCUCGAGGGGGAAGUUAUAUGAAACCCACUGUUUAUUGAGAAUUCAUCCUGAUUUGAUUACAAGGAGGCUAUAUGACCGUGAUGUUAAAGGGCGGUUACUGCAAACUUUCAAGUACAUUUCUCCAUCACUUUCCUUACAGCAAAAAGUCAAGGAACUGGGUUUGUUAUGCAAGAGAACCUAAUCAAAUAGUGCUGGCAAGUAUGUGAUUGAACCCUCCUUGCAAAAAGCAACCAUCUGGAAGGGUUCUGAUUAUUAUUUAUAAAUAGAUUUUAGGACUCUGCCUAAAAUUAAACCAGGACAGGAAGUAGGCAAAGAAGGAUGGUGUCCUGCCAUCAGGCUCUUUUCCAUGUCCUGUCACCGGGGACAUUUGUUAUGUGACCACAAAAGGGAGGAACUUCUCUGUGGUGGUGUCCUGUCCGUGGAGUACCCGCUCCAUAAGAGUGGCACUGGCCUCAACACUGCAGCUAGCUCAAUGCCUGGUCAAACCUUAUGCAUUUUACUGGACAGUUUAAAGUUGACCAUAGCUCAGUGGUUGCGCAUCUGCUUUGCAUGUAGAAAACAUCAGGUUCAAUCCUUGGCAACUGCAGGUAGGACUGAGAAAGAUUUCCUGCCCGAAAUCCUGGACAGUCGCUGUCAGUCAGGGUAAACAGUGUAGGAGGACUCAUUGGGUCCUAUGUUCCUAUGGUGAUUGUUUAUCUGCUCUGCUGCUUUUAGCUACCUACAUUUCAUGCUGCUGCUGUUCUACUGAGUUCUACCAUCCUGCCCUUCUUGCCGUUUUAUAUGGGAUGGGCACAGGCUCCGGGGUGGUCUGGGAGCCAUUGCCUUCUGCCUCCAGUCUAAGAUGGGGAUGUUCAGGCCACUGAGAGAUGGGUUAGGAGAGCCAUUGUCAGAGGCUUUGUGCCUCUGAAUACCAGUUACUGGGAAUUGCAGGUAGUCAGAGUGCUGUUACGCUAAUGUCCAGUUUUGCAGGCUUCCUACAGGCAUCCAGGAGGCUGAACUAAUGGGCCAUUGGCCUGAUCCAGCCAGCUCAUCUUAUAUUUCUUGAUGGUAAUCUGCCCUAUAGAAAUUUAGCUGGUGAAUAUAUUCUUGCUGCUUCUGUCCAAGCCAGGAAAAGCUUCAUCUGCCAAAUUUAUGUGCAUCACACUGCACAAGAGCAGAGUCGGAGGUGGGUGGACAAGCACAGUAACACUAAGGAUGAUCUUCUGCUUUGACUGUGCAGAAAAACACGAUCAUGUUCACCCUUAGUGGUAGUUGAUAGCAGGACAUCCUCAGCUUUGGUGUCAAGCCUCCUAUAGGCCUCUUUCCCUAUGACUUCACCCUGAGCAUUUGCCUAAUGAGAUUCCCAGAUGCACGGCUGAACAAUAAGGCAGGGAAACCCUUAUUAUUUUGGAAUUCCAAAAUCCAUCCCUUGGGUAUGUUCACCCUUCCGAUCUCUUUCCUGCAACUCCAGUGCUCUUCAGGUGUCCCACAGCUAGAACCACCAUCUGGCUUCUUGGGCUGACUCAUCUGUCUUCCUGUGUUCCUUACCUUUUAGAUCCUCUACGUCAACCGGAGCUGUGGCAAACAAGCCAAAAAUAAAAGGAAGGGGCCUUUGCCAAAAGUUGUUGAGCUGAAAGCGGAGCUGUGUCUUAUUAGCAUCUCCUCUUAUUGCAUCAGAUGCGGCAUUGGCUCAAAUUUACGUUCUCCAGUAUUAAGGAGGAGUCAGCAAAUGAAGUUGUCCAGCAAUUCCUUAAUGGUAUGCUGCAGGAGAAUCAUUAGUCUGCCGUAAUAAAUGAAUGAACCAAAGCUCCUGUGGGCUCAGGACUGCAUUUCCUUCAAGGGACUGCCACUAUGAUUUCUCAAUAUCUGCAGUGAAGGCAUGGCAGGACCAGAAGGAGAGUGGACACCCUGCAGACCGUGGUGAUCAGAUGGAAUGAAGCAAACAAUUAUGAAUAGAGUUGGGUUGAGAGGAAAUGACUAUCUGAAGGUCUUCCAAAGAGCUUCAUGGGUGAGUGGGGAUGUGAACCCGAAUCUCUCCAAUCUUGGUCCAACACUCUGACCACAGUCCAACACUAGCCAUUGCACCAGCCUUUCUCAGUUUGUCCUGAUCCCACAGAGUACACCACGGGGCAUGGCAGCAAGGCAUAUUGGUUAUUUCAGCACCAGGGAUAGCUCCUAGUGAGCAACAUGCUCCAACAAGGGCUGGAAGGGAAUGGAAGCCUUUUGAGACGCUUCCUCUCCAAGACAACUCCACUGUGGAUGAGCAAGCUAGGAUAUGUCUUCAUCAAUGGCUAGUAGGCACAAUGGUUAUGGUCUGCCUCCACUGUCAGAGGCAAUAUGCCUCUGAAAACCACUUGUAGGAAUUGCAGGUGGGCUGAAUUCUGCUGCACUUAUGUCCAACUUACAGGCUUCCCACAGGCAUCUGAGUGGCCAUUGUGAGAACAGGAUACUGGACUAGAUGGGCCAUUGGCCUCAUCCAGCAGUGCCCCUCUUAUGUUCUCACCUGGCGUGCAUGCCCUCUCUCCACCCCUGCAACCCCCCCUGGAAUUCCUGCUCAUGAAGCUGUCAUCUGCUCAUGCAGACUCAUCUGUCUCAAAGGCUCAUAAAAUUCUUAAGUAUGAAGUGAAUGUGCCUUAGUUUUCUAGCCAGAUUGAAAUGGCUUGAGAGAGAAAAUGCAUCAAAGAGCUGUACAGUAUCUGUGUCACAGAGCAAGGCAGUCAGUAAAUCACACAGUUCAAACUGGAGUUAACUAUGUAUUAGCAAAAUAUAUUCUUCAUGGCCUUGGCUGAGUUUCAGGCCUAAUGAGUACAACAGCUCAUGUUCUGUAGGUCCUACUCUAUGAAACCAGUUACCGAGACUACAAGUCCCUACCUACCUACACCCAUCUAUGUCUCCUUCUCUCCAGGCUUCUUCCAAGCAAUCAGAGACUGUUCCUGCGUGCAGCCUGUCUUUGCUUCUCCUGUUUCAUACCUCUUCUGGUUUUGGGAGUCAGAGGGGGAGGGGACCCUGUCACAGCAGGAGAGAGGGGACACCCAAUUCAUCUCUGCCUCUUGGCCUCCCUCUUCCCACUCACCUGCUUCAGCUUCUGCCUCUGAUUCUUGACUUCUCUCUGCCAUAGGCUCUCCCAGCUCACUAAGUCCUGUUACCCAUUCAGCUUCCGACACCUCCCCUUCCCAGUCUCCCUCUUCUCCCUCUGCCCACUCAUCACUGUCCCACCUCCACUCCCCUGACUUUGAGCCUUCUUCCCUUGGGGGUUCCCCAGCUGGUCCCUCCCACCAUUCUAACCAGUCCAUUGCAAUUUGUCAAGAAACUACAGGAUAAGUAUGGAUUGUGGUUAACAUUGUAUGCAGCUUCAAAAACUAGCAGCAGGAGCGUACGGGAUGCACGGAAGGCAGUAAACAUACGCCCAGUGUGGCAGGCAUUCAGUUCAAGCUUAGGGAAAGGCACCUGUAAGAACCUGGAUGGCAUCCAGUUCAGUGGGCUUCUGCCUGCUGGCCUCAUAUUCAGUGGUCCACUGAUUGCCACCAUCAGAACCAGGGGCUGAGCCUGGAUCCUUAACCAGUGACACUGUAGCCUCUGACUCACAGCGUUGGUCCCUACUGGGUUCUAGGGUCAUGAACCACCUGGUGCCCUCCAGAUGUUUUGGACAACUCCCACCUUCCCUAGUCAUUGGCCAUGCUCAUGGGAGUUGUCAUCCAAAACAUCUGGAGUGCACACUAUACAAUAGUGGCAUGUAGGGUGACCUGCCAAUGGCUUGACAGACCUCCUGCUGUGGUCACCUAUAAAAAGCCAGGAAGGGUGUUGCUGAAUGCUUCACGGUCUAUGCUGUACCACUGAUAGACACUGGAAGCUACCUUAUACUGAGCCAGACCAUUGGGCCAUCUCGUCCAGUAUUGUCUAUUGAAUGACAGCAUCUCUCAGGCAGGAUUUCAGGCAUGAUCUCUUCCCAUCCCUGCCUGCAGAUGACAGGGAUUGAACUUGGCACCUUUCUAUGCAAAGCAUGAACACUGGCUUGUGGAGACCUGUCCUGUAAGCAUAGCUCCUGCAGUUUGCUUUUUGGCCUCUCCAUUGAAUAAUCCAUAUCCAAAAGAAGAGGGGUCUCUAGCAGGGUUUCCCGCAUAACCUCCCCCCUUUCCCCGGCAAGAAGCAGAAGCGAUGAAUGAAACACUAUACACACGUCCCUCCCCCCCUUCUUUAUCAGGCCCCUUGGCUUUCAAAUUCUCUCCAUUUCAUUGUCUGCAAUCUUGCUUCUGUUUUUCCGAGUUGCUCCUCGAAUUACAGCCAUUCGAGAUAAGUCAGCUUUGCGUGAUGCAGAGAACACAGGGCAGCUGCAGAGGGGGAGCUCAAAACACUUCCCUCUUGAGCCAACGCGCUGGUAUCCCUCGGUUAGAAAGCAGGGAGCUUGUGUGGAAACAGAAAGUGUCCCAUGGCCUAUUGGCAGCCCUGGAUACAGGUAAAUUGUACAAGGUCUCGUGUUAUCUCUAGUGAAAGACAAACAGAAAGGGGAAAGUGAGAAGGAAUUCCUGAUCCAAAAGGGUUCCUUAUCUCUUUUCCGUUUCCUUUGCUCCAGAGAGAUACAGAGGCCUCAAUGCGCUGUUGUUCCCCAGAGAGCUCUCCCUCCUCCCCUCUUCUCACCUACAGCGACUGUGUAGUCACCUGAAACCACAUUCUGGCUUACAGUAGCGCCAUCUCCUCCCAGAAACCCCCUCCCUGCCAAAGCAUUACUACCAGUGUCGGAGACGUGUAUAGUCUGUGAAUUUACAGGGCCUGCAGAAUCUGGAAUCUGGGAAGAUGCUGACUUCCUAAGAAUUUCAGCUUAACAAAACAAAACAAAAGCAAACAAACAAACUUCAAAGAGAAAGUUUCUGGCCCUCAUGGGGACCGAGGGAAAUGUGAGAAUGUGCAAGCAGUCUUGACCAGAAACCAAAUGUUUGGCUCCGCUCCGAAUUGUACAUGCUGGUUCUCUUGGUUUGCCUCUUGGUUGCAGUGAUCGUCUAGCGAAGAGUGAUUUCCUCUCCUCUGUGUUUGGUUAUGAUACUGAGAGAGAGAGAGAGAGAGAGAGAGAGAGAGAGAGAGAGAGAGAGAAAGGAGAUUGGGAUGGGUGUUGAGCUGGCUGACAGAAGGGUAAUGAAGAACUCAAUCAGGAACUGGUUGGCAUAAUGAAUCUGGGAGAAAUUGAUUUGUUAGGGAUCUAUUCCUAUGCCCUUUGGAUUCCUAUUCCUGAGGUGGCUGCCUCAGUUUGCCUCAUGGACAGGCCGGCCCUGUUGUUUAAUGCAUACUGGUGUUAUUUGUAAGUCAAGCCACCUUGGAAGGAUCGGUAUUCUGAAAGGUGCCAUAAUAUAAAACACACACACUGAAAUAAAUAAAUAAAUAAAUAAAUAAAUAAAUAAAUAAAUUCCCACAGCACUCAAGCAGAUUUUUCUGGAAGUCCACAAAGAGGGUGUGUAAGAAACGGACAUCAUGUAUUGUUUAUCCCCACCCUUCACAAACACCCAGAAUUCAUGGGGAUAUUGCCUUUGAACCUCGUGGUUCCAUUUAGCUAUAACAGCAAAUGCUCAAGAUAAAACACCAGUCUUUCUGGCUGUAGAUCAUAGUCCAUAGCCAGGCUUUGCUCUGGAGAACUGGGGUGCUUCCAGACUGUUGCUAUUUCCAGGUGAGAUUCAAUCUCAUAUUGGCAAAUUCAGGUCGCUAGGAAGGUUUGAGCAACAAACGCACUUCCCUUUGGAACUCUGUCCCCCGCCAGGGGAUAAAACCUUUGUCGGUGCUAUUUUUUUAAUGAAAGAUGUGAUUGCAUUUUUAUUCCAGUUGUGUGAAGCCUCCAGCAUUUACAGAAUUCAACCCAGGGAGGUUUUUGGGAUGCCAGUCGCUGGACUGACGUGACUGGAAGGAUGGUGGUCUCCCAUAGCCAGCACAAGUCUGCAUUGACCCAAAAGCAAAAAGCAAGGUCACCUGGGUCAUUCAAAAUAUUCAGAAGGAAAAAGCCAGACUUUGAGAACUGAAGAGAGUUAGUUGAGGGCAACUCGGAUGCUGAAGAGCAGCCUUACUAAGAUGAUCACCCCAUGGCCUACCCUCCCAAAAUACAGACUGGGAACCGGGGAGGGUGAAUGCAGGAGAACUAUGAUAAGAUGGAAAAAAUGUUGGCAACUGCUGUGAAUAGCUUUUUAUGAAUACAUUUUGUGUGGAAGAAUUGAAGAAACAGAUCACUGGAAAUAGGGGGAGACUGAGUGCACAGAGUAGAGAAAACACAGACCUCUGAAAGGGAUUGCAAGCCUGCAGGAAUACUUCUUUCUUAUUUAAUAGAAAUAUUUGGAGGCAGUGUUAGAAGGUGUCCAUGAGGUCUUGAGCAGCACCCCUUUAGAUGUGGCCCCCAAAUCCCCUGCCUUUCUCCUUUUUUCCACUUCAUUUUUAAAAUUAAAACAAUCAGAUCCAUGCCUCUGCAGUUGCUGGAAACCUCAGCAGAGGAGAGGGAUCUUGCGCUUGAAUCCUGCUUACAGGAUUCCUGAUCCAGCGGGCUCUCCUUAUGUUCUUAAAUGCUGUGCUGCUGAGCUAGGCCCCCUUCCCUAUGCUCUCCUGUUAUGAAGGCAGAUUUCUAAGUCAUGAAGAUGAAAAAGGCUGAAGGAAUUCUAAAUCUUCUGAGAGUUUCUUUAACUGCUGUACGAUCCCAGAGGCAAGUCGACAGACCUUGCCAAUCCCAGGUGAAAUUCUGUGCUUUGCUCCAGCAGGGGUGCUGUUAGGGAGUGGCUAGCUCAAAAUGCAGCGGGCCUAAGAUCUCUAACCAUAAUUUGCGUUUAACUCUGUUUACAUUGCUGCGAAAUGCAAUGCCGGCAGGACCCCAGCCACCUGCCAGAGGCAAAUGUAUGUCAUGAACUUGUGCAGUCAGUGCCAGAUUUACGUAUAAGCUAAACAAGCUAUAGCUUAGGGCCCCACUCCCUUGCUCCCCCCCCCAAUUUCACUAUUAGUAGACUUCUCAAUUGUAUUUCAGUUCAACAAUUACUUUGAUAAAAUACAUAUUUUGUUAUGUGCAAAUGGCUUUGGCUACCUAUUAGCGCCAUACAUUACCAUAUAGCAUAUAUUCAACGCAAAAAAACAGCGACAAUUUGUUGUUGACAAAGGACAGCUGGACAUAUAAAGGGCCCCAUUACCUUCAGUAGCUUAGGGCCUCAUCAAACCUAAAUCCGGCCCAGUGUGCAGUGUGAGUCUAACAAGAACCCAGCAACAUGGGACUCCACUGUCUGCAGUUAAUGGAUCUGUUUUGAUGUAUUUAUUUCCAGUUCCCUUCCUACGUCCUCAGGCGGGCUUUCUCUCUGCAGCCUGGGGUGCAGCAAGUGUCUGGCGGUGGUGACCUUUCCUAAGGACAAUGGCCUCCAUUGAAACUGGUCAGGAAUGCCAAAUGUGACUUCCAAGGCAAAGCCAUUGGUCUCGGAUAUGGAUAUGUCAAGACGAAGAGGUUCCACUUUGCCUCGGCACAGCUGGAGCGGGGGAUGGAGCUGUUGGCAGGACGGUGAAGGAGAAGCAGCAGUUUGCCUUUCAGUUGCACCCAAUUCCCCCCCUUCUGCUCCUCCCUCUGGAGUGCCAAAGGCUUUUAGGGGUCAGACAGACGUCUCGCCACUCAGUUCUGCUUCCUCCCUUCCCCCAGCAACUUAGCACCAGUCGCUGUUUAUCCAUAACAACAUGGGCUGCGACGGAGGGCAAGGAGACUUCCUUCUUCCUACAACAUGUGACCCUGGAGCUGCUCUGCUGGAGCGGGACCACUUUCAGAGGUCGGAGGAGAGUUCAGCCCCCAUGGUUGAGUGAGUCUUUAGUUUCCUUUCUAAGACGAGUGUCAAUAGGAGACCAAUGUGACAGCGGCAACCUCCCCCCCACCCAAAAUGCGCUGGUUAUUAAAGCCCUGGACGGCUUGUGAUCUGGUUGCUUAAGGCUCCACCUACACCCAUAGAGUCCUACCCAGACCAUAAGGACUGCUCACAAUUAGGCUCGCAAUCACAUGUAACGGAGCAGGGGUUGCCAAGGUGGUCCCAUGGAUGCCAGUGUGCCCACCAGCGGCUCCCAUGCUGCCCACAAAUGGCUGCACUCAAUAUCUCCUCUCUUUGCUCUGUUCCACUUUGCACUGGCUCAGCUUCUCCUGCCCACUUUUCAUUGAGUACCAGGACUGGACACCCGCCCUCCUUUCCAUUCUGAGCAGAGUAAAGAUGCAAAGGGCUUUCUCUGUGAGUGACUCAGUGUGGCAAUGGAUGAUAUAAGCGACUUAUCCCCAUUGAUGGAAAGUAUACAUGCAUCAUUUUGCGGCCCUGUGGCUUGUUCUGCUCUUCUAGAAGUGGCAACCAUCAUGCCUCACCCUCUUUGGGCGGCCAUUUUGUGUUAUUCUAUGACACCACGACAACCCUUUUGUGAUAUGCCUUGCCCUCGCGGCAGCCAUUUUCCAGCUGUCAAACACUUUCUCAAAAUUCCAGAUGUGCCUAGCGACUCAAAAAGGCUGGCAACCCCUGUAACAGAGCUUUCUCGCUUCACAGGCCCCAUUUUCUUAAAAACUUCCGAUGGGGGUUAUGAAUGAGGGCAGCCAACGGGGGAAUGGCUAAGUUAAUAUUGCUUUACGCUGACUAUUCCAAUGUUGUUAUUGUUUCCGUCUAUAUGUUUUAAAAGGCUUUAUGGAAUGGGUUUGUAUUUCAAAAUAUUGUUCGCCACUUCAUGGAGGAUUUCCUCAAAAAUCAGAGAACCAGUCUCUUAAAUAAGCAAAAUGAAUGUGUAAAAUGGGAACUUAAGAAGCAGCAUGUCACAGCCUGUCCCAGAUGAGGAAGGCACACAUCUGAUAUUUAACUCUUGAUGGGCAAGAGAAACACUCACAGCAGCUUCCACGGUGCUCCGGAUACACAUGUUCACAUGCUUCUAGCCUCUAGGCAGCUGUCCAUGGGUCUGGGCCCUAGGGUGCAGUUGCAGCAACAGUGGGGGCCCUCCCCUCCUCUGGCUUAUAUAGACCCACUUCUGACGGGUGGCGUGCCCGCAAACUGAGACUUCUCCUGCACAGAAGGCAUAGCUGUUCUUCCCUUUUCAUGCCCCUCCUGGUUCUACAAGACAAUGGGGCAGGAAAAGGUGGGGAAUCUACUGACCCAUCCCUCAUCUGAACCAGACCUUCUUUCUCUGCCUCAUACUGCCCUGACUCUCCCUUCUCCCCUGGCUCCUGUCUUGUGGGUGGUGUGGCAUCCCAUAACUCACUGGUCCCUCUCCUGGGUCCCUUCUCUGGUCCCCUGCCUGUGCCACACACUCUUUGGAGCCCUGCCCGUCCGUGACUCAGCAGGACUAAGCAGUCAUGGGACAGAGUAGGGGAAAUACCAAUUUCGGGACCCAUCUAUGAUCAUCAGACUAAUUUCGUGCAGGUAAGUCUAAACCACAGAGCCUAGGGCUUGCCGAUCAGAAGGUCGGCGGUUUGAAUCCCUGCGACGGGGUGAGCUUCUGUUGCUUGGUCCCUGCUCCUGCCAACCUAGCAGUUCGAAAGCCCGUCAAAGUGCAAGUAGAUAAAUAGGUACUGCUCCGGAGGGAAGGUAGCGUAUUUUUCGCCCUAUAGGACGCACUUUUCCCCCUCCAAAAAUGAAGAGGAAAUGUGUGUGCGUCCUAUGGGGCGAAUGCAGGCUUUCGCUGAAAGCUCGGGGGACAACGGGGCAAGCCGCUGCCCCACGGAGGCUAGGGAGGCUGUCCCUGAAGGCAGAAGAGGGAGACGGAGCGCUCCGUCUCCCUCUUCUAGCUUGGGGAUGGGGGGGGGAAUAACAAUUUUCCCCUUGAUUUCCCCCCCAAAAAACUAGGUGCGCCCUAUGGGGCGAAAAAUACGGUAAAUGGUGUUUCUGUGCACUGCUCUGGUUCAUCAGAAGCAGCUUAGUCAUGCUGGCCACAUGAUCCGGAAGCUGUACGCCGGCUCCCUUGGCCUAUAGAGCAAGAUGAGCGCUGCAACCCCAGAGUCAUCCACGACUGAACCUAAUGGUCAGGGGUCCCUUAACCUUUACCUUUAAGGUGACCAGACACUCAUUUACUCUGCAUUAAAUGUGCUCCCACUGCUGUUUUGGGAAAUAGUGUACACAUAAUGCCUAUCCUGUUCUUUCUUAAGAAAUACUGCAUUUGGAUGCAUUUCCGCCCCCAUCAGCUUUGACCUGACUCGAGAGGGGGAAAGACCUAGCUGUGUUUUAAGCUGGCAAUGUGUACACCAGGGGUCAGCAAACUUUUUCAGCAGGGGGCCGGUCCACUGUCCCUCAGACCUUGGGGGGGGCGGACUAUAUUUUUGGGGAAAAUGAACGAAUUCCUAUGCCCCACAAAUCACCCAGAGAUGCAUUUUAAAUAAAAGGACACAUUCUACUCAUGUAAAAACACGCUGAUUCCCGGACCGUCCACAGGCCGGAUUUAGAAGGUGAUUGGGCCGGAUCUCCCCCCCAGGCCUUAGUUUGCCUACCCAUAGUGUACACAGCUUCUUUGCCUGUUGCUGUGUUUGGGGUGGGCAUGUAGAAUCAUAGAAUCAUAGAAUCAUAGAGUUGGAAGAGACCACAAGGGCCAUCGAGUCCAACCCCCUGCCAAGCAGGAAACACCAUCAGAAAUCACCAUCAGUGUGUUAGUUGCUUGGAAACAGCAGAGGAUGAAAGAAAGGUGGGAGGCAAAGAUGCACUAAGAAGUUAAGGAAAGGAAAGGGAACUCAAUGGCAGCAGGAGUUAAGCAACACGGUUAUUUUGAAAAACCCUCAAGCCUUCCAUCUCAUUUUCUGGAAUACACCUGUGCAUUUUACAAUUCUCCACAAUGGGCAGGAAGUAAGCAGGUUCUGCUAUUCCUAUGCUUUAAGAGACAGCGCCGGGGGAAAUUUCUCCCUGUUGUGCAGCAGCUAAAGGUAUAAGCAAGUGUGUGAGUGUGAUAUUUUGUUUUGGAUCUACUUAGGGUUUCAAAAAGUAAAAACCAGGACAACCCAAAAGUUAUUGAGCUUCUUAAAGGAAGACCUCAGAAUUGUUGAGAGUUUUUUUAAGGAACAAAAGAUGAGCCAAAGAUGAGCCAGGUGAUUGCCUGGGUGAUGGGCCAUUAAGGGAACAAAGGAAUGGUCCUUUUUUCUGUACGAAAUGAAAAAUGGGUGGGGCCUAUACUGACUUUUAGAGUUUUCUUUGAUGUGAGCUAGAAGCUAGAAGUCCUAUAUCCAGAACAGAACCUGACAGAAUGAGGGGUGGGGGGCUCCCAUCUGUUCCAGCCUCUUCCUCUUCCUCUGGAGUCUGCCAUCUCAGGGUUGAGCUCCAUUGUGCCAAGGGAUUCACAAGAGUACAUAUCGCAUCCAGUAAAUAUUUAGCAGCUCUCCGCAUGGAUAGUUAGCCAUAGCAAGGAUGGAUGUCUUGGCAUUCUGACAUGCAUUACACAGUUAUCUAACCAUGACUACUCAGAAGUCCUAUUGAAUUCAAUGGGGCAUACCCCCAGGUAAGUGGGGGUUAGGAUCGCAGCCUAAUUUCUGAGUAAAAACACGUAGGAUUGUGCUGCCAAGCAGCCCCCAUGUAAGUUCUUGAAGGCAGCGCUGGUCUUUGAAAGUCCCGAUAAUAAAUGUUGGAAAUGUAAAGAAACUGAAGGUACAUUUUUUCACCUUUGGUGGACGUGCCCAAAGAUUAAGGCUUUCUGGGAAAUGAUAUAUAAUGAAUUAAAAAAGGUAUUUAUAGAUACCUUACUCAAGAAACCAGAGUCCUUUCUCCUGGGCAUAGUCGUCCAAACGGUGUUAAAAAGGAUAGAACUUUCUUUAUGUAUGCAACAACAGCAGCAAGAAUACUCAUCGCAAAGUAUUGGAAGACACAAGAACUUCCCACGCUGGAGGAAUGGCAGAUGAAACUGAUGGACUAUAUGGAACUGGCGGAAAUGACUGGCAGAAUCCGUGACCAGGGAGAAGAGUUGGUGGAGGAAGAUUGGAAGAAAUUCAAAGAUUAUCUUCAGAAACAUUGCAAAAUUAAGGAAUGUUAGAGUGAUGUUGGAUUGAAAAUAAGUGGUUUCCAGCUGUACAGGUUAAAGUUAUUGAUAGACUAAGAUUAAAGAUUAGGAUUAAAGAUGUUUAAGGAAAUGGAAAUUUGGUACUUAAGAGGUAAAAAUUUAAUGUUAUAUUACAUUAAGAUUAAAGAUUAGGACUAAAGAAGUUUAAGUGUUAUAUAUUAUAUUAAGAUUAAAGAUUGGGAUUAAAAAGUGGAAAAGAAAUUGCUGGACAAACAAUUUGGACUGGAAUACAAAAGAGGGAGGUAUGAGGAAGUCCAGAAAAUAAGUAAAUUCAAAAACGGAAAUGGAAAAGUGAUAUUGUUUUUAAUUGUUCUGUUUUUUGUGUGUGUUUUUUUUGUAUUUUGUCUUCUGUGUUUUCUUUUUCUUUUUGGAUUAUGUAUUGCGUGUUUUUGUAUUUUAACUCUUAUGUUUUUUUGUUUAAUUUUUAUUGAAAUCUUAAUAAAAAUUAUUUUUUUUAAAAAAAAAAGUCCCGUCAAACUGAUGGGAACCAAAAAUGCAUAUCUCAGAAACGAAAUGAUGGGUCUGAGUAUUAAAGUGUGGUUCAAGUGUUCAAAUCACUUCACAUACUGGGCUCCUGCACCUUCACAAGUUGUGAACAGAAGAUUUUAGGAAGCACACCCUGCAUGAAAUUCCUGUGCCUAAACCCUUAUCCUCUUCCUAUACCCUUAUCUGGGAGCGAGCCCCAUUGAACUCAGUGGGAGUUGCAUUGGUCUUCUGAAUAGGCAUGAUGUAUGGAAUUGUGCUAUAAGCGUGCAAAGGAUUGCAGGAUUGCCCACUCCAGCCUCCAGUGCACCACUUCCUGCAGGAGAAGCAGCGCUGCCCUUUCCAGCUGGAGCUCAGGGGAGGCGGGUGAAAGUUCCUUCAUACACUGCUGGUCUCCUCUGAGCCCUGACUCCUCUUAAUCGAAGAGUCUGGUAACCACAUCAAAAGGCUCUGCUGGCAGCAGGUGGCCCACCAGCUACAGCUUGAGGAGCAAUUAAGCAAAAGGCUCUCAUUGGGAGAGAGAUGCAUUUCUUCCCAGUGUUCAAGGGCUUCUGCAGAGGCAGACAGAGAGACCACCCUGCAGCAUGCCAGUGAACUAUAAAAGCUUGGCUGGUCUGGGGGGUCACUAGCCCUGGAAUGCAGGGAAUGCCUUUUGCAUGCAAUGUGGGAAAGCUGUCACCCAUUAAGAAGUCAAUGACCUAUCUCUUUAUCUCCUCUUCUCCCUGCCACCCCUUCAUUGCUCUGUGCUGGCCUAGAGGGAUACCUGUUGCAUAACCCUCCUUUCUCUGCAGGAGCUGUACCUCUGGGAUGGCGGAAUCCAGGGAGCCCUAAAGUGUCUCCCGGGCUGGCUCAGUAUUUGUCAACACUGUUGGUGCAAUUUCUGUGGCCCUGGCCUUACUGACAUCAGCUAUAUGGCAUGUCAGCCGCAUGCUGAGGGCAGAUCAGGAAAGCGCAAGGAGCUGAAGGAUCUGUAUCCUCCUCAGCCCCCAAACCAGUGAGAGAUUUCCUGCAUUGAAGUGGGUUGGACCAGUGGCCCCUCAGGGUCCCUUUCAAUUCUAUGAUUCUGUGAUUUAAACUAGUUCAGCAGCUGGCCUUAGGCUAUCCCAUUAAUUUCCCUCACAUUGUUUUCAACAGGAGGAAAAACAUGUUAAAAGGGUGCAGGAGUUUAAGGGCACUCCUCUGAUCUUGCUUCCACUCUGCUGUUGUGAUCCCAGCAAUAUGCUGGGACACGGGUGGCACUGUGGUCUAAACCACUGAGCCUCUUCGACUUGCUGAUCAGAAGGUCGGUGGUUUGAAUCCCCGUGACGGGGUGAGCUCCCGUCGCUUUGUCCCAGCACCUGCCAAUCUAGCAGUUCAAAAGCACUCUAGUGCAAGUAGAUAAUUAGGUACCACUGCGCCGGGAAGUUAAACGGCGUUUCUGUGCGCUCUGGUUUCCGUCUCGGUGUUCCAUUGCACCAGAAGAGGUUUAGUCAUGCUGGCCACAUGACCCGGAAGCUGUACGCCAGCUCCCUCAGCCAGUAAAGCGAGAUGAGCACCGCAACCCCAGAGUCGUCUGCGACUGGACCUAACAGUCAGGGGUCCCUUUACAUCAGGCUCACUAUGUGAAAAUAAGAACAGAUGCGCAGACCAUGCAGGUUUAGAACCAGACUCCUAUCCAGUGGAGCUAAAUGCGUAAGGUUGGCGACAGUGGCAGGCAUAAGCAUGCAGUACUGGCAAAACAUUACAAAGCCUUGAAAAAUAUAAUGCUACCAUUACUACUGGUAGCAGCAGCACAAUACCAUUAACAGACAUGGCGCUUUACCAAAGAAGCAAUGGGUAUAGUCCCUGUUCUAAGAAAACUACAAUCAAAACCUUUUAUCCGCAGUCACAGAAGUGUUUUGGGAGACACAUCACUACUGCCCUGCCUUGGCUGGCCCUUAUUUACCCGGAUUUUUUUUGUUUCUGACAGGGUGGAGGUUUGAAGCCUUGCAUAGGUUCAAAAAAAAUUUAACAUGCAGUGUUAAUGAGUACCUCUCCCUCCCCGCUGCCCCUGGAGAAGAGGUAGCUGAAAUAAACAAGAUGAACAAUAACAGCAAACGCAGACACACAGUUAGGAAGAACAUCCUCACAAGGGCACUGGCAGGAAUGCAGAGCCAGACAAUCACAGGAAGGUCCUAACAUGCCUACAUGUUUGCUCAACAGGGGUGCAAAAGCACGUUCAUUUGCAUUACCUCAUCAGCUAGCCUUCCACCCUUGUCCCAAACGGCAACACAGGGGUGGGAGUGGAAGAACUUUUGCUAAGGGGACCCUUUGGGAGCCAACCUUCCCCGUGCCUCUGAGUGGCAGAGGCCAGACUCUGAGGGACGUGGAAGUGUUUCAUCUCAGUGGCAUUGCUGACAUUCCAGUGGGCUUGGCAACGUGGCAAGAGCUGCAGGAGAAGGGAACCUCCAAGAGCACAGGCGGAGAGGAAGGCUGGAAGGGCUGGCAAGCUGAGGGCACAGGGGGCCAGACGCCAUGCCUUGGCUAUGGCAGUGUUUUCUUGAGAUAAGGGCGACCUAUUCACGCUCGCUCCAUAGCUGAGGCAGCAGCCGAAACUUUGCGUCUGACUUGACCUUCCAUUGUAGCAUGGUGACGCUAGCAGACGAUGGAGUGCCGUGAUCCAACCUUUCCCACAACAGCUCCCCAUAACCUCUCUCAAAGCAACACCCCCCCCAGACAUCUUUUAAUAUAAAAAAUUGUGCAUUCAUGAUGAUUUGUGCUCAUGAUGGUUAAAAGGAUGGGUCUAUGUGAUCCAGCUUUCUCUGUGGAAGUUUCAGGGUGGACACACUGCUUUGUUUAAGUUCGGUACAUGUCCUGGAUCUUCCUGCAGAAUGGAAGCAAAGGAGCAUCCAGGCCAGUUGGCAGCAAACCCUUGCAAGCCUGUUGGCCUCCUUGUGUGCCAGACAACAUUCACUGCUGGUUUGACUCUGGAGUCCUCCAGACCGGGUAAUCUGGAGCCCUCCAGAGCAAAGUGUGAGUCAGCAGCAGUUCUUUAUCCAUAUCCUGCAAUUUAGCAAUACAGUGGUACCUCGGGUUAAGAACUUAAUUCGUUCUGGAGGUCCGUUCUUAACCUGAAACUGUUCUUAACCUGAAGCACCACUUUAGCUAAUGGGGCCUCCCGCUGCCCCUGCUGCACGAUUUCUGUUCUCAUCCUGAAGCAAAGUUCUUAAUCCGAGGUACUAUUUCUGGGUGAGCGGAAUCUGUAACUUGAAGCGUAUGUAACCCGAGGUACCACUGUACCAUGGACAUAGCAGGUGUUGAUUAUGCCUGCACCAUGCACUGAAAUGCACAUGGGCCAGCUUUCCACAUGCAAUCACAACACCUGAAAAGUUGCUUCUGCCGUAGGGCAUCAAAUCCUUGGCAAAGCUGACUCCAGCAUGUGCAACCAUGAUAAUUAUAUUCUGCUUCCACAGUUGGAGACAGCUAUGCUUCUGAAUACCAGUUGCGGGGAAGUGCAGGAGGGGAGAGGGCUCUUGUGCUUGGAUCCUGCUUGUAGGUUUCCCACAGGCCUCUAGUUGGCCACUGUGAGAACAGGAUGCUGGGCUGAAUGGGCCAUUGGCUGAUCCAGCACGAUCUUCUUAUGUUAAUCAACAGGGAAACUGAAGGAUCAUGGAUUCCAAGGUGGGAUUCCAAGGUGGGGUGGAUGGAAGGACGUCUGUCACAACCCAGCAUCCCAUUUCAGGUGUGCAGAUCCAUCUAUACACUGUGUUGUUGUACAUUCUUGGGGGCCUGGUGUGUCUCACCUUGCCUCUUCUGUGUAAGGUGGCCGGCUGCAAAAGGGGGCUGGGCUGCUGCACCUUUCAUAGUUCUGUAGAGGAGGGGAUUUGCUGAAAUUAAAUUAAAGGUUGGACUUUCUUUUGUACCUGGCCAGCAUGUGUCAUUACAGUGGUACCUCGGGUUAAGAACUUAAUUCGUUCUGGAGGUCCGUUCUUAACCUGAAACUGUUCUUAACCUGAGGUACCACUUUAGCUAAUGGGGCCUCCCGCUGCCGCCACAAUUUCUGUUCUCACCCUGAAGCAAAGUUCUUAACCCGAGGUACUAUUUCUGGGUUAGCGGAGACUGUAACCUGAAGCGUAUGUAACCUGAAGCGUAUGUAACCCAAGGUACCACUGUAGCUCUUUUUAACUCCGUUAGGUGGGGAAAGCCAAGUGGCAUAUCUACAUGCAACAAUCUUUCCAAUAUCAUUCUUAUACCAUUUUAACUCCCAUGUCUUCCUCCAAAAGAAUCAUGGGGAUUAUAGAACAAUGAGGGUGCAAACAUUCUGCUAGGUUUCAGUAGCCACACCCAAUAACUUCAGUUUCCGGUGUUCCCAAGGGGAGAAUGACAAGUAAGGCAGAUGUGCCCGAAGAAAUAGCACAUGCAUCCAAAAGACAACAUGUCACAAGUAUGGUGUUGGGAUUGUGUUCCUCGGACACAGACACAUAACAAAUCCCUGAUGUGUUUAUACCGAUGUGCAGGAUCACAGCAAGGCCAAAGGGGUGGGGGUCUGUUUGAGAUGGUAGGCUUGGGCACCCUAAAUAGUCAAUACCAAAAAUAAAUGCCAGGUGUGCCAGGGAAUAAAUAAGGUUCUCCACCCUAUAGAUUAGGGGGGUUAGGGGGGUCAUUUUGGCACCUGCCCUUGCUAAUGAAUGAUGGGAAGGGAAAUUGACUCAAAGCAGCUAAUUAAAAUGUAUAUAUAAUUUUCCUCCAGGAUCAUAACAGCUGCUCAUUCAUUGUUUGCGAUUUUAAAAAUAAAGGCUUCUUGGCAUGGGGUCUGGGAGGUGGAGGCAGCCCAGCAUCCUGCUCAGAGGUAGGAAAGCAUGGCGAGAAAGCAGCUAAUUCAAGUACAUGUUCAUAACUGGGUCUUUGCAUUCAUGCAUUUUCCUUUCCAGUUCUCGAAAAACUGAGCAGGCACUUUGCUGGCAAGACAGAGCAGACACCCACACAGCACAUUCAAAGCACUCUUAUACCACUUCAAUGGCCUUGGCUUCACCCAAAGAAUCCUGGGGAACCGUAGUUUGCUAAGGGUGCUGAGAGUGCUUAGGGCACCUCUCACAGAGCUAUAAUUCCCAGCAUCCUUUAACAAACUACAGUUCCCGGGGCUCUUGGGGGGGAAAACCAUGGCGAAUAAGAGUGGCAGAAGAGUGCUUUAAAUGUAUGGUGUGAGUGUGACCAAUCAAACCAUGUAAAUGUAGGGAAGAGGGGUGCUCCAGAAGGUCCAUACUCUGCACGCAAACUGCAUGCAAAAUAUAUUUAUGUAUGCAUGGCUGUCUACACACCAUGCAUUCAAAACACAUUUAAGCAUAUGGCUUCCCCCAAAGAAUUCUGGAAACUGUAGUUAACGGUGCUGGGAACUGAAAGUCUGUGGCAGUGAACUAUGGUGCCCAGGAUUCCUUGGGGAAGGCAAGUGCUUUAAAUGUGCUUUAAUGGUAGGGCUUCUGCACAGCAAGAAUGUGUUGACUCUGCAAUGAAUUGGGAUGCUUUAUUCCGUGUGCUUUGUCCUGAUGCUGAGUUUGGAGUCUUCGCAGAAUGGCAUAACAAGCAACACUGGCAUUACCGCAUUGCGUGUGAGGCCACUCCAACCAUGUCACAGCGGGGUGAAGCAGGUUUCCUUGCCAUUAUUGAUCCAUAUGAUUGGGAUGAUGGAGCAUCACGGGUUCAGCCAUGCCCACAAAUCCAGUGUGAAUCAGUGACGUCCCAUGCCAGGGGACAAGCAACUCUCGCUGGUAUGAGUGGAAGAUACCACCCUGCCUUGGGAUCCUGUUCAUCUCUGGUACGAUGCUGGCUCCCCUCCUGGAGCCCUACCACACUUUAGAAAACAAUUGUUUUAUUAUCCAUCACUGUGCCAUCAGUCAUUCCCCAUCGCUGCUUUCCUGGGCAUCCCCAUCCCUCCCUGUCUGGGAUGAGAUUAGAAGCAAGUGACUCACAGGACAAGAGGCUUCCACAGUUCACCCUUCAUCUUUUACCUGCUGACAAAGACUUUUUGUGACGAGAGAGAGAGAGAGAGAGAGAGAGAGAGAGAGAGAGAGAGAGAGAGAGCACCCUCCUCCCCACUUCUCCUCACCCUUCCUUGCUUCUCUGUCUGUGAUUCAGAUUGUAGCUGCUGUUCUCCUGCUUCCUCCCCCGCUCCUUGUGGGGAUCCGGUGUUUCCCCCCCACGCCUCUGCCACUUUUGGCACAUCAGCCAUGGCAAAUAAAGACAACAUUCCACAGAAGCUGCCCCCAGAUAAUUGGCCCAAAAAAAUAUGGAAUCAAUUGAAUUAAAUUAUUAAAGAAAGGACAUGAGAAGGCAUAGGAAAACUUACUUGGCCACAACAUUAAAAAUGGUAUAGAAGAGAAGAGGAAGAAGGAAUGUGGUGGUCUCAGUUGCCCUUUGCCAAAUCUCUGAGUUAGUGGACUUGCUUUUUUUACUUUUCAGGGAGGAACCUGGGCUGGUGAGAAACUCCCAGCCAUUGCAUAGCUUCACACAAGGUAUCUUCACUUGGGGAUUUGCAUAUAGAGGUCGCAGGUCCUUUGAUUGACUUUAAUUGACAGGUCCUUUAAUUGACCUGUAAUUUAUUUUCAUAGCCAAGGAGGAAAUAUGAACGUGGAGAAGUGUCCCUAAUUAAAGAACUCUUAUUUCAAUCCUUCAAGAGGAAGGUCUGAGUGGAAUUCACAAUUUGCAGUAAGAAGAGUGAUGCCAAAAUGAGACCAGAUAGUAAAUUACAUCCCAGAGUUCAAAUACUAUAAGGGAGGGAGACAAACCUCUCUCCACCUGCUUUCUCCAUAACAUGCAUUGUUUUGCACAUCUCUGUCACGUCCCCUUUGACUUGCCCUGUCUCCAUACUAAAAGGUCCUUAAUGCCGCCACUUUUCCUCAUAGAGAAGUUGCUCCAUCCCCCUUCAUCACUGCAAAGGUGGUCCACCAUCUGAUACCACACACAGAAGACCCUGCUUUGGUCCUGGGGGGAAACAAUGUUGCGGGAGCAGUUCAAUGCAUCGGUCAUGCAAGUCUGAUGCACUUGCAUCAUGCAAAAAGCCAAUGUCUAGAAAUGCACAGGGGCAAACAUAGCUUCACAGAUCGGAGCAGCAACCCAGGACUGUGAUAUUAGAGGCUAGUGUGCACUGGCAGGGUCAUGCGCAUGGUCCAGAAUUAGAAGUGGGCGCAGGCGGAAGCUGGAGUGAAAGGCUCUCUGUUUGUUUGACAGCAACCUACCCCACAUGCAGCGCUGGUGCCUCCUGACAUUUACCCACCCCCUCCAAGCCAGCCCACCUCUAGCUUGCAAACAAGAGACACAAAACACUGGAAAUCCCCUCUGCCUCAUCAUGUGGGGAGGAGGUGGUCUUCCUAGUGUGAUCUCACCCUCUUUUGUGUUAAUGUGUUGGAUUAGUGGCAAAGUGGGCCGGCGGAGGGGGAGGGGAGGGGAAUGACGGGCAGGAAACCAAGAACACAUCAGACGCACUAUAUUUAGAGGCUUUUAUUCAGCUGAGGACAAUAUUCCUUGAUUUCACAUUGUUUAGGAGAGGGCAGAGGGCAGGAGCGCUAUUGAAACCCUUUGUCUUCAGAGAUGCCACUUUGUCUGGGUCCGUUGAGGGGGGGCGGGGGGGACUUGUUAACCUGCUCAGACGCGGGAGCUUUUGUUUUGUUUUGUUAGAGAAGAUAACCUAGUCUGGGUGCCGGAGGGGCAGAGAAAUAUUGUGUGGGUGAUGGUGAUGUGGUACCUGUCUGGAGACAGCUGACACACUGCUCUCCGUUUUCAAGUGCGGAAUCAAUUAAGAACGACCUCCUGUCACUUAUAUGACUAAGGUUAAUUGUUAUUACCUUUCAGCGGGGGGGGGGGGCAUCAGCAGAGGUGUUCAGCUGUAGGCUGAAUACAGCAUGACAAAUGCUGCUGUAGUUAUGGCAUUGUGCAGGGAUGUCUGGAAGCAAAUAGAAGAAAAGUCCCAGUCACUGGGGUUUUCCACAGGCAAUCGGUAAAGGUAAAGGGACCCCUGGCCAUUAGGUCGCGGACGACUCUGGGGUUGCAGUGCUCAUCUCACUUUACUGGCCAAGGAAGCCUGUGUUUGUCUGCAGACAGCUUCCGGGUCAUGUGGCCAGCAUGGCUAAGCUGCUUCUGGCAAACCAGAGCAGCGCACGGAAACACUGUUUACCUUCCCACCAGAGUGGUACCUAUUUAUCUACUUGCACUUUGACGUGCUUUUGAACUGCUAGGUUGGCAGAAGCAGGGAUCGAAAAACAGGAGCUCACCCCAUCACGGGGAUUCAAACCGCCAACCUUCUGAUCAGUAAGCCCUAGGCUCUGUGGUUUCAUCCACAGCGCCACCCGCGUGUAAUAUCUCACAGCAAAAAUGUUAUCACGUGGACCGAUUUGUAGGCGCUAUGCUCAUUGCCACUAGACAAUUCUUAAUUGGAUGUUUAUUUAUUCAUUUAAUAUUUUGCUCCAGGAGAUGCAGCCUAUGACGGCUCAUUCAACCAUGUAAAAUAAUCAUCGCAACAUGGGUUAUAUAGGGCCCAAAUGCCGCCAAAUAAAAAGCAUGCCUUUAAAAGAUGGGGGGGGGGGGACUCUCAGGAAAAGCCACAGGAACUGUGUGGCCGGUGGCCACCUCAGCUCACGGCAUGCAAAAUGCAAGCUGGAAAAAUCAAACACCAUGAAAAACAGAAGGCGGAGCAACAGGAUCUCCCUCAACUCAAGGGAAGGGAGCAAAAGGCUACACAGAAAAUGAUGCUGAGAAGGGUCAGUGGAAAACCACAAAUGCCCAGCACAGCUUUCAUCAGCCUAGUGCCGUCCAGCUGUUUUGGACUGCAAUUCCCAUCAGCGCCAACCAGGAAAUUGUUGUCCAAAAUAGCUGGAGGGCACCAGGUUGGUGAAGAGGCUGCCCUGCUUCCAGAGAGAGAGAGAGAGGGGCCCACUUCAUAGCUGGAGCCACAUGGCUCUCAAUGGGUACAAGUCAUUGUGACAGCUUGCCUGGCUCCUUUCUCUGUUUGCCUAUAUAGAUUUCAGGUGCAUGGUUGGAGUAGGGAUUGUGGGAGAGUGCUAUGUAUUGCAUGAGCAUGGUCUGCACCUGUGUAGCACUCAAUAAGCUAGUGCAGAGGGAUUUGAGGGUAUCAUUCCAGCUUCAGGAUUUGUAGGCAGGACUAAAUCCUAAGAAGUCAAUAGCCAUUCUCCACUCCUACCCCCUGCCCUGUGCUAUUAUACAGAGACGAUAUUGGGCUAACUGCAUGCAGAGCCACUCUCCCAAAAUGACCUUAUCAAAGUAUGAGGACUUUAAUGCCAGGAUGGUAAAACACAUGGCUCGCCAAUACAGAGUAUACGGCCAAGCAUAAUUUCAGCAUAUCCCACCCUCCAGCUUAUAUGCAGCUAUUAUACCAACACUGGAGAAUGCCCAGUGCAGUUCUUACCAGACUUCUCAUGAAAGGAAACAGAGGUGAAAUUAUUGCAGUGGUAGAAAGUGCUGAAUCUGCCUCUGGCCUGACCCAUACAAACUUGCAAACCAUCUUUCUUGGUGGGUGAGCACCAGAUUUUUCUCUUCUAUCACACUGAUUUGUUAUGUUGCAUGAAGCGUGCUUCCCUCCCAGUUUUAAAAUAUGGGGAAGCAUUCAAACAAUCCCCAAAUGAGUCCAUACUGGUAAAGUUCAGCAAGAGCUGCACCACACCGUUCUGUGUAGCUCGGUUCAAACACUCUCAAACUGGGCUCUUCCUCUGCUGCCUGACACCCCACCCCCUGCUCUAACCUCCCUCUUACCACAGGUUUACACAUUAUGUGGGAUGCGGGUGGCACUGUGGUCUACACCAUUGAGCCUCUUGGGCUUGCUGAUCGGAAGGCUGGCGGUUCAAAUCCCAAUGACAGGGUGAGCUCCUGUUGCUCUGUCCCAGCUCCUGCCAACCUAGCAGUUUGAAAGCACACCAGUGCAAGUAGAUAAAUAGGUACCGCUGCUGUGGGAAAAAGUGUUUCCAUGCGAUCUCAUUUCCGUCAUGGUGUCCUUUUGCACCACAACCAGUUUAGUCAUGCUGGCCACAGGACCCAGAAAGCUGUCUGUGGCAAACGCCGGCUCCCUCGGCCUGAAAAGUGAGAUGAGCACCGCACCCCAUAGUCGCCUUUGACUGGACUUAACCAUCCAGGGGUCCUUCACCUUUACCUUACACAUUAUGAUCACCUUAUGAAAAUCACAUGAAACUGCUCCAUGUGGCAAGCUUUUGAUGUGCAAUGACUCAUUAGGUGAUUUCCCCCGUGGCCCAAUGUUUGCUCAUAACGAGAUGCUGAAAAUCACCCAGUCUGAUGUAGAUAAAUGGCUCACCUGAUGGCCAGUCCCCCUGCUGAUAUUUUUGAAACUACCUUGGUUUAAUGGCGGCAAUGAUGAUGUAUAAAACUGGCCCUAAAUGAUUCAACGCUGACCCCCAGUAUGUGGCAAGAGCUAAAAGUGAAAGGAGCAAGAUCAAUCAUGUUGCGACACCUGAAGCACUAAAAGGCUUGUUAUAGCAUGAGCCACAUGUGGUGUGGUAUGGGAUGUGCAAACUGAGAGUGCUUCAGCCUGCAGAAGUGCACACGAAGGCAGUGCAAAGCCUUCGUGGACCAGAGGCUGUACAUGUUGCCAGUGUGGUAUAGUGGUUAAGAGCGGUAGACUCGUAAUCUGGUGAACUGGGUUCGCGUCUCUGCUCCUCCACAUGCAGCUGCUUAGGUGACCUUGGGCUAGUCAUACUUCUUUGAAGUCUCUCAGUCCCUCUCAGUGUUUGUUGUGGGGAAGGAAGGGAAAGGAGAAUGUUAGCCGCUUUGAGACUCCUUUGGGUAGUGAUAAAGCGGGAUAUCAAAUCCAAACUCUUCUUCUUCUUCUUUUUCUGACAUCCCCGUGCCCCCUGCAGAACAGAAACACAGAACGCAGUGCUGGCUAAGUGAGGCCCAUGAACGAUCCUGGGCCCCCAGCAAAUGCACAGCCCUCCCUUGCCAGCCGGUGGUGAAAACCCUGAAGAACCCCCUGAAAAGUGGGGGGGGGGGAGAGAGAAGAACCCUGGAAAGUGACCCCAUCAGAUGUCGUAUGCAAACUGGUGCCUGGUCAAAAAUCAGCUUGGGGGGAGGCAGCCUGUUAGUUCCCUUUUACCCGAGUAUUUACCUGAGUGCUUGGUGACUCCCAAAAUUCAAGAGCAAUUUAUUUCCCCCCUUCCUUAGAUCCGAGAUGCAAGACAGGCCUGGAGUGAAGUGGGGUUCGCUACGUGCAAGGAUGGAUGGAUGGGUGGUGGUGGGAAUGCAACGGGCUUUUGAUUUUCACAUCUCUUUAUUUUACCUCAUGAGUCAUGUCAUCAUGUUCUCAGGCGCUGAGUAACUGCCGGGUCUAUUUUUACUCUUGUUCAGCAGGCUUCCUUUCCUCAGCGGCUGCUGCGUGAAGAGGUGAAGGACAGGAGAAUGGUGAGUUGGGGGAAACGGGCGGGUUAUAAGAGAUGGGGUUGGGUGAUGGGUGGAAAGGGGGGGGAGAGCUGAAGGUGUUUCCCACCCUCCUCAAAUUAGGGAGGGAAAUAUGUUUAUUAUCCCCAAAGAACAGGGUGUGAUGUGUUAUAUAUCAUAAAUAGACAUAUAUAUUGUUAUAUUGGUGGUAGCAUGAAAGAGGGUAGGGGGAGAUAUUCCUUUUCCAGUGCUAUUUGGUACUUUGGAAAAAUAAAGAAGGAAAACAGGACAUCCCGCCCCCAUCAAAACAGGAAAGAGGUGAUGGAGGGGGGAGAAGGGGGGUGUACCCAUCAUCAAAUGCAGGAAAAGAGUUCCAUAAUGUCCUGAAGCCAGAGAGAGAGAGAAAUGAAUGGAGUGAUGUGCAUGUGUGUCUUCGUACAGGGGAAGGGUUUUUAAUCCCCAGCUCAUAAAAAUACACAGGCAUCAGCGCACAUCAGCUCACCCCACACCCCUCCAGUGACAGCCUUAAUUUCCCCUAUGCUUUCACUUAGGAAGGAGACUUACGAAGCAAUCCUGCGUUCCAGUUUUGUUGAAGGGGGGUGGGGAAAUGCGUUACUGUUUUGCCCGUGGAAUGACCGCCAUCUCCUAUGCGUGCUCAGCUUGGAAAAGAAGGGGGAAACGCACCACUAACCCCCCCCCCAAGGGCACAGAAAGAGCAGGCAUCCCCACCUUGAAACACCGCCAAAGCCCGCCAUCAGGGCAAGGGGACACACCCCCUGCACGCCAUGGCAUCACAAAACAAUGCCCCCACUCUGUCACCUCCAUAAUGAUCUUCAUAAUGACCAAUUGGGUUGAAACGCAUGUGGUCUUCAACACAUUUUGUUAUCUGUUGUCAUAUAAUUAUUUCGGUCAGGCCUUGAUUCAAAUAACAAGUCAAUUUUUUGUUGCAUUAUCUUUGUAAUUUGAUCUAUUUUGAUCUGUUUUGACCACAUUUCUAUUUUUGCUUUGGAUUAAAGUUGUACUUUAUUUUCCUAUAAUAUUUAGAAGUGUUGUUUUUUUAAAAAAGAAACUUUUAAAAAAUCCUACCCAAUUUAAUUUUGGAGUCUGGCUUUGCAGGUUGGGGUCAACAUAACCUGUUUUGAUCAUUCUGCCAGAGUGAUAGGCAAACCUGCAGGCUUUAUCUGUUGUGCUGAUGGCAGUUCUGUGGGAGUCACAGGGCUGCCACCUAACCUGAUGUCCUGUCCCUCCCUCAGCUGGAAUAACUUGAAUAUUAUGUCCUUAGGUUGCAACGCUAUACACACCUAUCUGGAAGUCUCAUUAGACUUAAUAGGGCUACCCUCUGAGUAGCUAUUCAUAAGACUGCAUGGUAAGGCAGAAGAGUCAAGUUGACCCAUCAUGGAUCAGGUGCUCCUUAGAGAACUCUUCAGCCAUCCAAGGGGUCUAGUAAUCAAAGCUACUAAAGAGUGCAUCUUUUCAUUACUUCCAGUGCAUUCCAAUGAUAAAGCAGGGAUUCUCAUCCACUUUAGUGACUGUAUGCAACCAGAGGAUGUUAUUUCUAGGUCAAUUAAUGCAGAGUUCGGAGGUGUGCCAACUUUGCUGGUGGCAUGUCAUGCACUCAGGUCCUGCUUUUGGGCUUUCCAUAGGCAUCUGGUCGGCCACUGUGAUAACAGGAAGCUGGGCUAGAUGGGUCAUUGGCCAGGGCUCUUCCCAUGUUCUUCUGCAGCAAAUCUCCACCUAGGUGGCAUCUUGCUCGGUAGCUUUAUAAUCCUUUGAUACCUGUAAAGACUGAGCUCAAAAGUCUUUUUUUGUGCUUCCAGUUCCUAGAAUUCAGCAUAGUCUAUUCAAAUGCAAAGCACCCUUUAAUUCUCUAAUCCACUAUGUCAACACGCCCCUGCUUUAUGCCUAAAAUGCUGCCUUUGGGCUACAAUUUCCCAAACACGGUCACCCUGGCCUAGGCUAAUGGAGCAAUCAUUUCCAUGAAAAAUGGUUUGCCAUGCAUCAUUUGGGUAUAAUUCUUGCAACAAUCCUGCAAUUCUUCAUAUGUUGCAAAGGGAGGUGGGGGCUGAAGCUGCAAGAGAUUGGCUUGCCUAUACAGCCACCUAAUGAGUUUAUUACAGAGGGGAAAUUCAAAGCAGCAGGAUCUUCCUGAUUUGUAGAUCAGUCUCUUAGCCACUCUGCUAUAAUGGCACUCUAUGAGCCAUAGAUGUGGAACCAUAGGACUUGCUCCCAAAGCCACUGGAAGAACCCACCUAGAUUAAGCCAAAGGCCUACCUAGUCUAAGGUUACCAGAUUUUUUUCAAAGAAUCCGGGGACACUUUUUUAAAAAAAAGAGAAAAAAGUUAUUUUAAAAAAAUAUUAAGAAGUAAUAUCUUCUCUUCUGUGGUCUCCUCUGUUGUGUGGCUUUCCUCUGGGCCCGGCCUGCUCUCUUGGAGCGCUAGCUGCCAUGGAGUAGGCUCAGGUCGGGCCUGGGCUCAGCCUCGUGUCCUUGCCCUCCCAGUGCUUUCCUACCUCUCUUCCUCAGCGGCGGCAGCCGCGUGGCAAGGUCAGGGCUCCCCUCUUUUUUCUCCUUCCUCUUUCUCUCUGUUCCUUCUCCUUCUCCUCUCCUCCUUCUCCCUGCGUCGGCUCCGGGGUUUUCCAGGCCCUGGAGAGCUGCUGGGCAGUCGGCUGGGUGGCUGGGCACUCUUGCUCCCGGCUCGAUUUAGGUCACGGGGGGGGGGGUCAGCGGUUCCCCCAGUUGACGCUCCGGGCGUCCCCGGUUCCCCCUCGGUAGUGGGGGCGGUAGUCUCAGCAGCCCGUAGCCAGCCUGGUAGUGCAGUUGGCUCUGGCUGGCUUCAGGAGCUGCUCAUUGCCAUGGCGCCCGCCAUUUUGCCUCGCUAGAAGUCCCCAUAUGAUGUGUCUUCUGCCGUUGAACCAAUCACGCAACAUUCAUUCCCUACUAAUAAGUCCACAACACUUAAAAUAUAAAUCCGGGGACAUUAAAUGAAAUCCGGGGACAUUCCAGGGACGGAAUUUAUCCGGGGACAGAUUUGUAAAUCCAGGGACUGUCCCCAGAAAAUGGGUACAUCUGGUAACCAUAACCUAGUCUAGCAUCCUGUUUCACACAGUGUUCAAACCGCUGACCUCCCUUGAUGCCUUAUGAGACAUCAAGUAGCUCAAACAAAGCAUGCAAGCCAAGUUCUAUGGAUUUCUUAAAUUUUAAUUUCUGGCAGUGGAGCUGUGGUUCUCUCCUAAUUGAAAGGCAGAGGAAGCCACUGCAGCUUAUGGUGCCAUUAGCUUCAAAAAGAGGAUUAGGCUUUAAAAUGGAUGGCUUUAAAAGAGGAGACAAAUUCAAGGAGGAUAAGGAUAUCAACAAGCCACACAAUGGCUAUGUUCUCCCUCCACCUUCAGAGCCGGUAUGUCUCUGAAUCCCAGCAGGUAGGCAGUGUGCUGUUGUGCUCAUGUCCUGCUUGCAGGUUUCCCAUGGACAUCUGGUUGGCCACUGUGAGAAGAGGAUGCAGUAGGACUGCAUUCAUAAGGACUGACUUUAUAGCAAGGUACUCAAAGCAGCCAUUCAUGCACAAGCAAGCUCCUCUUUCUCCGCCUCAUCUCUCAAUCUGCAAUACAGGGAUGUAGCCUUCCAUAUGUUGCUGGACCCCAGCUCCCAGUAGCCCUAGUCAACAGGGCCAAUGGCCUGGGGAGAUGGAGUCACAGUCCAACAGCGUCUAGAGAGCCCCGGGUUCCCCACCCCCAUUGUAAGGAUUACUGAGGCACUGAAUGUAAAGCAGCAGCAUUAAAAACACACACACUAAGUACAGUAAAUGCUCUGCUCUGGUAGGAAACACGCUCUGCACACAAGUUCAAGCAGCUUGAAGUAUUCACUUUUAGUUUGGGAAAAAAUAGAUCAAAACAAGCAUGCAAGAACAUUUUAAGGUGUCAAUGAAAACCAACCUUAGUUGGAGAAUGAUGAUGGGGGAGAACCAGGCGAGUGUCCAGUAGUUUGGCACCAUUUCUCCUGGUUCACUGAGGAGAAUGUAUGUAAGUAGGGAGGUCUGGGAACCUCCUUGCAUAGUGUCUAUCCAUGUCAUUUGCAUACUUCACUUAAGAACAACUCAAGCUGAUGUUUUGGUCUCAAUAACCCUGCAAAAUAGGAGAUGGUGAAAGGCACUGACCUGUCUAAGGACACCCAAUGAGAUGGCAGCUGAGCAAGGAUUUGAACUUGGUCUUCCCAUCCAAAGCCCAGCUCUGUGGCACUCCACAAGGUACCCUCCAAGAGAGCCACUGGCAUUAUCUGGCUGCCUCCCUCCCUCCACCUUGUCCAAAUCUGGCCUGGAAACCUUCUAAAGAUUUCUCAGGGAAAGACAAUCCGUUCCCUUCCCAUGUUAAAUAAAUACGGUAGUUACUUAAAUCCUUAAAAGCCUUUGAAUAUUAUUUACUUCUGGCCUCAUCCAGUGCUAUAGGUGGAUAGUCUUGUUUCCAAACAUCCUUUUCCUCAUUGUCUGAAAAAUCAGCUUCUCUACAGCCAUGCUUCUAAAAAUUCCUCUCAGCAUCAUCCACGUGUAAAUAAAUAACCUUCUUCCCAUCUCAGCUCCCACGUAAUUAAACCGGAUUUGGAGAAGACAGUGUGCCAAGGGCUCAAAAAUGUAACCUGAGAUUUCCUAUAUUCUUGUGUCACAAGUGCCACUUUUAAAUUUGUCCUGGACUCUACACAUGCUCCAUGUGAUACAUACAUAAAAGGAACUUCAGAGGACGUCCACCACAGAACAUACUUUUUCCUUAGGGAUAAGACUGGUGCGGAGCCUGAGGGCCUCCAUGUGUUGUUGGACUUCAGCCCCCAACAGCUCUAGUUAGCAUGAUCAUUGGCCAGGGAUGAUGGGAGUUGUAGUUCAACCAAGUAUGGAGGGUUACAAGUUCCCUAACCCCAGGAUAAGGAGAUGGCUAAUUGUGAACUAAUGAUAGUUGAAAAAACAUGCCUAGAUGAUCCAAGGGUGUAUGGGUGUUAGGGGAGGGGAAGUACAUCUGGUGGGGGACAUACAUCAUUAUUCUUUUGGGGUAGUUUGUCCACCUUUGGUCCCCAGCAUGCACUCAGUUCUCACCUGUGGCUCUUAGAAACGGCUUCGUCUGGCCAGCUAAAUGAGGUGAUGGUAGUGGAUGGGUCUCAACCCCUUGGUGAGUUAGGGACUUCUCCCAUAUGCAAAAACAGGAUUGGGGGAUUGAGUGAAUAAGACCAAUAGUGAGUCCAACAGAAAAAAGGAGGUUUCUGCACAAGCUGUAGAGGGAAGUGAGGGGCAGAUGGGGCAGUCUCCUUCUAGAAGAAGGAAGACUCUGGUCCUUAACCUCAGCUGCCUUGCAGGAUAUCUUUGGGAGAAGAAAAGGCUAAGGAGUAAACCUUACACAAAUCCAGAGUGGAGUCCCUAAGACUGUUGGAUGGCGCCUUGUACGCCUCCUUCCAGCAACUGCUACAAGCCAAGCUGGUGCCAAAUGUAUUGCUCUGCUUUCUUUUGGACCACAUCGGUGAGGCCGAAAGGGGGUCUUGUCGUCUGAGCAGCCCAGGACCUCUAUAUCACACACUGCCCAGGCUUGCGACCCAGAGAGGUCACUUCAGUGCUGCUAACACAGUGGUUUGGUUUCACUCCCAGAAGCGCACUUCAUUGUCUCUCAAGACAGACGGAUGCCAACAGUUGAUGAUCCAACAGCACAAAGCUAUGCAUACCUAGUAAGUCCCACUAAAUUCAACAGGGUUUACUCAGUGGCAAGUGCACAUGGAGCUGCAGCCUAAAGGAACAGUAAAGGUAUAGGUAAAUGACCCCUAGAUGGUUAGGUCCAGUCAAAGGGGCCCUAGUCUAAAAUGGUAGGGUUAUUAGCAGCUGUUACAGUACAAGUAAUGUAGCCACUAUGAUAAUUGAUUUGGCCCAGAAAUUUACCAAAUGAACAAAAUAUACCAAUUGUACAUACAUGUGAAAGGCAUAUUGCCUUGACUUUCAGCUACAUGCGUCAUUAGCACAUAUUAAUAAGGGUUAGGCUCUUUAGGCAGUGCUUCCACUGAUUUCAAUGGAACGUCCAAGCAAUCACACAGUGGAUUAUUAAAAUAUACACAAUAUCAGUGCUCUUUUUCUGGGGGUACGCAGGGGUACUCAUACCCCUAAACAAUUGGUGAAUCUUUGUACUUUUGUCCAUUUACUGUAUUUAUUUUUCCCAUUUUGAACUAUAAAAUGGUGAUUUUCUUGAGUCAAAAUGAGAGUACCCCUAAACAUUUUUUUAGGGGGGGGGAAAGCACUGCACAAUAUACUACUUUUCCUUCAGAAUGCUCAAAGCAGUAUAAUAAUAAUAAUUAAUAAAUAAUCUAUAAUAAAAACAUCAAAGUCCACAGGUUUAUUUUCAAAGUCCAUAUAAAAGGAUUGGCAUGUACACUCAUUUUUACAUUCCUCAAAACUGUAAUUUAAUUUUAUCAUCCCUUUUCUGUAAAAUAUAUAAUGAACACUGCUUACAGAAAACCAGCCAGUAAACAUGUAAUAAAAAAGUACAAUACAAACAGCAUUACUAAAAUCUCCAAAAAGAAAUCAACACCUACCAUAGUUGCUCCCACAGGCAUUCAAAUUUAAUGUUUCUUCUCAUCUCUAAUCUGUAAAGUAUGUUUCAGAUCCAGAGACCCUGUUAUACUAGUGUUAAAAGAUACAUAAAAUCUUCUUCAAACUAUCAGUAUUUUGCUGGAGGGAUUCAAGCAUGUAUUCAAAAUUUAAGUUUCCACAUUUAAAGUGGAUUAAGGUGCUCCAUUUCCCUAGUGAAACAAAACCACUUUUUUAAAAAAACAACAACAACACAGGCUUUUUGAGUUUUGGAAAAUAAUGGGGAAAUGAAUUGAAAAGUGUGGGGUGAAUGAAUACAGUGGUACCCUGGUUCCCGAAGGGCUUAGUUGUCGAAUAAAUCGGCUCCCGAAUGCCGCAAACCCAGAAGCAAGUGUUCUGGUUUGCGAACGUUUUUCAGAAGCCGAAUGUCCAACACGGCUUCAGAUUGAGUGCAGGAAGCUCCUGCGGUCAAUCGGAAGUCGUGCCUUGGUUUUUGAAUGGUUUCGGGAGUCGAACAGACUCCCAGAACGGAUUAAAUUCGAGAACCAAGGUACCACUGCAAUGGUAAGUGACAAGCAGAUCAGGAUACCUAUGUCAGAGGCAAUAUCUGAUGGGUAGAGUAGUGUUGCACUCAUGCCCAGCUUGCAGACUGCCCACAGGCAUUUGGUUGGCCACUGUGAGAACAGGAUGCUGGACUAGAGGGGCCAGUGGCCUGACCCAGCCACUGGGUCUUCUUGUGUUCUUACAGAAGAAUGCUCAUUGUCGUAAACCUGGUUUACAAACAAAUCAGAACGAAUGCUCAGUGAAGACUGGAUAUAAUAUAACUGGCUAUAAUGCAAAAUUUGGUGAGAGAUAUACAUGUUUUGUAAAUCAUUGCCACAUGAAUUUGGGAUAUAACCGGCUUCAGAGACAUUUAUUUUGGCAAUUAAUUAUUUAUGUAAAUUCUAUGGAUUAUGAUUUAUUUGGAAAAAUAAAUGAUGAUCUUAAAAAAACAUAGACCAGACAUAACCUAACUUGCACAUAAGCCUUCUGCAAGCAUAUUGGGAUGAAUGCUGAACAAACAGGCCAUCUAGAAGGGCCUGGAGGGCUGCAGUCUGUGUAAUUUGGCCUUCAGAACUUGUUAGGAAAGUAUGCUAAGGACUGCAGCUAAUGAUUCCCUAACAAUCCUCCUCUUCCAAGUUGGGUUAACUUGUCAGAAGGUGACAAUGAGCAGGACAGAAUGAUAGAAUCAAGAGCUGGAUGGUUUUAUCCCACAAGAGGACUUGGUGGAUUAGGUACCUCUUCAAGAACCCAGCUGGGGGAUCUUAAUGACAGCAGGGUUAAGACUUAUCAAGGCCUUGGAGAGCCACAGCUAGUCAGAAUAGGCAGCAAUGGGCUGGACAAACCAAUGGUCUGACUCCAUGAAAGUUGGCUUCAUGUGUUCAAGGAAAAAGCACUCAUCAACCCUUAUCCCCUCUAGCCUUUCCCAUCAUCUAAGAUCACAAGAAGAGCCUGCUGUUUGUGGUUUCCCACAACUGGUAUUCAGCAGCAUUGCUGCCUCCAACUGUGGAGGCAGAACAUAGCCUUGAAGGCUAGUAGCCAUAAAUAGCCCUCACCUCCAUGGAUUUGGCCAACCCUCUUUUAAGUCCAUCUAGGGUAGCGGCCAUCACUGCCUCCUGUCACUUCUGCAUUUUCUUGUGACAUAGUUCCCCAGCACGACUAGGAACACAGGAAGCGACCUUGCACUGAGUCACAUCAUUGGACCAUUGAGCCGAGCAUUUGUCUACAUUGGCUGGCAGUAGUUCUCCAGGGUUUCAGGCAGGAGUCUCUCUAGGUCUCCCUGGGUAUUGAACCUGGGACCUUCUGCAUGCAACAGCAAAUGCUGCACUGCUGAGCCAUGGCUCUGUUAGGUAAUCCAUAUAAAAGAGGGCCUGGGGAUGCAUGUAUCCAGUUCAGCUAUGCAUGGUAAUGUAAAUCUUUGAAUCCUGAGGCUGUACUGGAUUACGUGGAAUCACAAUGGAGCCUUUAAGGAAAUGAAUGGCUAAGCCAGUCUGCCAGACAAUGGCAGAGCCUCAGGGGAUGCCUUGAUGGGUCUUGGGGCACCACACAGAUAGCAGACUCAAUGUUCUGACUGUAAUGAAAUUCUGGUGUUGGUGGUUGAGUGCCUGUCACAGCUGAUACAGAGGCAGGCUGUCAGCUUUAGCAUGAGAUGUCUGUGCUCUGCUUAAUUUUUGCACUGUAAAGUAUUUCUAAAUCCCAGAGGUAUAAAGCUGAAAUUAGAGCAUGCUCUAUAAUCCAACAUGUGUCUGACUAUAUCUCUGUGACAGAAAAAGAGAAUGAGGUAGCUGUGUCAUUCUCUAACAUGUGUGAGCUGUCUGGAUAGGGUACGUGUGGGCUUUUCUGGCUAAGAGGAUGUUGGUGCAUCUAUAUAGCUUUAUGGUGCUUUUAUUUAAAACAGAACUGAGGAGGCACUCUUGGACUAAAAAACCCCCACCAACCCUCCCUGCAACCACCACAUAACCCAUUUCCUCCCAGCAAAAAACACUUCCUUGUUGAAUCUUUGAUUACAUCAACCCCAAAAGGGGUGAAGAAAUGUUAACAGUGAAAUGACUCAAGAGACAAAGGGAAGUGUGGGAGCAAGCCCUACGCUUACAGUGAGGUUUCCUCAAAGCAAGGGGAGGUGUAAUCCUGACCCCUUGUCUCCUGCACCUGUGUCAAGAUAGCAUCUUACCCAACUUUUUCUGCAAAAAAGCACUCAAACACUAAGGCUGUGCACACUCCUGAUUACUCUGCACCCAGUGCGCUCCAGUUGCUGGUUUCUGAAGCCAUGUGCACAGACUUGAGCCCCAAUCCACAUCAAUCCUGUAGUGUCUUGAGAAAUACUGCUUUCUGAUGCAUUCCCGCCUCCCCAGCUUUGAUUCAGUUUGAAAACAUAAGCCAUUUGAAGACAUCCACACACACCCUGUGCUCACUGGUGUGCACAUACGACGACUUGGAAACUCAUCCAAUUGUACUGUUCCAUAUGAUGAUGUGGAAAUGUGAUUUGAAGCACGGAUGGCAGGGGUAAUGACUUCGCUGUGUUUUAAGCCAGUAAUGUGUACACAACCCAACACCAGGGCAAAGGAUCACCCCAAAGAGCCACAAGGUGGCUUUACAUCAGGAAUGGAGAAGCUGUGGCCAGGAGUGAGGGGUGUUGUGGUCAAGCAUCUGGAGCACCACUGGUUCCCCAUCACUCAGUCUCAUGGGCCAUUUGUGCAAAGCCUAGAAAACUUCUGCAAGGCAAGGCAUGUUAAAGACUCAAGAGGUGGUCCUCAGAAGGGGGGAAUGGCAGGGCAAGGAAUGAUUCUGCUUUAAAAGAGAAAUGAAGUGGCUGGCAGCAACCACCACAGAUGCAUGCGGCUUCCAACUGAUCCCCUGCAGCACUGACACUGUGCCCCUCCCCAGCUGCAGGAUCCUUUGUGUGUUUGUGUCUAUGCAUGCACAACAUAGUGCAAAUUCCACAUAUGGGACGUGCACUAGACCACCCCUGAAAUGGCAAUAACCUGCAGGAAACCCCUGGCUCACUCAGAAGCUAUGUGAUUACAAGUGUGCUGAGUUGGGGGUGGCUGAACAUGCAGAAAGUGUUCAGACUAGUGCAUCUGACUGUGGGUGAUCUACAUCUGAUUUCGCCACUGCAUAUUCCUCUUCUGUCUCUCCAAUGUCCUUACUCUCCUUGACCUUAAUCAGCCUUUGACCUUCCCACUCUGAAUUCCUACCUUGAUCACCUAAUGUAGUCAUUACACUGUAAUCAUCGAAGUUAUGUGUAGAUGAGGUCUGCUCUGAAAACAGCUUUUUUCAAACAGGUAUCAGAAAAUAGCCAUCACCACUCUAGGUCUUGCAUGCGGCGGGGCCACAGCUCAAUGGGGCACCUACACUUGGUAUGUGGAAGGUCCCAGUUCAAUCAAAGGCACGUCUGGGUGGAAAAAUCUAGACGAGCACUUUAGGCAACCUGUUGGGGGCUGCAUUUCCUUGUGGGGUCAUCUCUUGGUGGAAAGGACCAGACCUGCCCCAUAAUCUUGUUCUUGUGUGCUCACAAAUACCAACACUUCAGCCUUUCCUGUGGGCAAGGAUUCUAAACAGUAGGGCUAGGAAAAACCUUUGCUUGAGAAGCAAUUGCCAAUCAGAGCACACAAUGCUCAGCUAGAUGGCCCAAUGGUCUGACUCAGUAAAAAGGCAACUUCAUUUGCCUGAGACGCAGGAUUAGCAGAGCAGGGUCUUGAAGCUUUGCCAAAUGGGGUAUAGAUUUAAAGAGAUGUGACUAGUACAACUUUUCUAUACAUGGAUGCACAACUGGAGUAGAGAAAAUAUCACGAUAAACAUGCCCUGGUUUAAGUGGGGGAAAUGGUGUUAUUAUUUCAAAAGAAAAUGAUGACUCUGUCUUGCUCUCACCUAUUAACUAAUUGCCCCUACUUCCCUCAGCAAAUAUCUGCUGGCUCAACUUUCCAAAGCUUGGAUGUUUAUUACAUUGUGGAAAUUACUAUGCAACAAACUGCCUUCCAGCACUGAAAGUAAUGCCAAGUGCCAACCUUUGCAGGGAUCUUGUUGUAACAACUUUUAAAGAUUUCUUUGGCUCUCUUCUCCAUUAGUAUGCAGAUCAAAGAUAUUAAAAAUUCUCUCUUCCUUCAGAACCACUGAGGUGGCAGGGCUGAAAGAACACAAAUUAAUCUUGUCUUUUAAAAAAAGUAGGAGCUUCAAGAGAGAAUACUAGGUGCCAAGAGCAUUUAACACAACCAUGUUCUGAUGAGAGCUACCCACCCUCUCUUAAUCACAAUUUUCCCAGGUCAGAUUCCUCUUUGAAAACAAUGGUGUUCUACAUUUGCUGUGUUUGUUAUUGAAGAUCUUUUUAAAAUCUGGAGUGCUGAAUUUCCACACCCCUCUCUCUUUGAUUCACAGCCAAGAGAGGAGUUCCUGCAAGACCCGUCUCCACCCCUUUCUUGCUCUUCUCUUAUAAAAGAAGGAACAACUGAACUGCUAGCACCUUAUUUUCUCACAGGCUAA